AUGAAGGUAGGAGAAUCUGUGAAUGAGUAUUUUCCUCGGACCCUUGGCAUAGCCAACAAGAUGAAACUAAAUGGUGAGAACAAACAAGAUGUUGAAGUAGUCGGAAAGAUUCUGAGAUCUAUGAUCCCCAAGUUUGAUUAUAUUGUGUGUUCCAUUGAGGCGUCCAAGGAUACAACCAUCUUAACCAUUAAUGAGUUGCAAAGCAGCCUGCUUGAACAUGAACAACACAUGAGUUCUCAUGUUGAAGAAGACCACGCUUUGAAUAUCACUCAUGGUGAACAAUCUAGAGGAAGGGGUCAAGACUAUCUCGCGCUUCACAACCGCGCUCGAGCCCAGGUCGGCGUCGGCCCCAUGCAAUGGAGCAAUACCGUGGCCGCGUACGCUCAAGCCUAUGCGGAAAAAAGAAAGGGUGACUGCGCGAUGAUUCACUCAACCGGGCCGUACGGGGAAAACAUAGCCGCUGGGUACUACCCUGAGUUCACCGGGGCGGAUGCGGUGAAGCUGUGGGCGAACGAGAAGCCGUUGUAUGAUCAUGCGUCGAAUAAAUGCGUGGGUGGUGAAUGUGGGCACUACACCCAGAUGGUGUGGCGAAGCUCGGUCCGGCUUGGAUGUGCUAGAGUGCCCUGUAAGGCUAAUUCUCAGUUUGUUGUUUGCAAUUACGAUCCUCCUGGCAACUAUAUUGGGGAAAAGCCUUAUGAUUCUUUGGUGGUUUGAAGAGAUUUGGUUUUAAAUUUUUUAUGAAUUGUAAUA